AUGGGCUCGUGGAUUGAGAUGGAGAAGGCUAUUUCUUCCUUCAUUGCGGUUGACCUAGUCGACGAAUAUCAACCCACCCCGAGCCUUAUUGUCGAGGCAUACGAAAUAGAACGAGAUUGUAAGAAACCGAAACCAAUUGUGUUUAUCAGCUAUUACUCACAGCCUUGUGGAAAGAGAAUGGCAAAGACCUUGCAACAGAAUGGAGUGCUAGAGACUGAAUCAGGUACAUUCCGUGGAAUGUUUUGCCGCUCAUAG